GUUCAGUAAUCGCGCGAUUGCCAACAAGUAAAGUACGCCAGCUGGACGCGAAAGUGAGCGGUGGAACCAUAAAAAAAAAGCUAUUAGCUAGUGAGUGAAUAAACGCUGCGGAAAAAAACGGUGUUGUGAUCAAUAAACGGUGUGGAAAGGGCCAAGUGUGCAACAAUCGUAUAUUUUAGAAGCAAUAAGUUGGAACAACAAUAACAAAAACAACAUGUCAGCUAAAGCAGAUAUUGCCUUGAUCGGUUUGGCCGUUAUGGGUCAGAACCUCAUCUUGAACAUGAAUGAUAAUGGCUUCGUGGUUUGCGCCUACAAUCGCACCGUCGAGAAGGUCAACCAAUUUUUGCAGAACGAGGCCAAGGGCACAAAAGUGAUCGGCGCCACUUCGUUGCAGGAUAUGGUGAACAAAUUGAAGUUGCCACGGAAAGUUAUGCUUCUGGUCAAGGCCGGCAGCGCUGUAGAUGACUUCAUCAAACAAUUGGUGCCACUACUAUCGCCCGGCGAUGUAAUCAUCGAUGGUGGCAACUCCGAGUACCAAGAUACCGCACGUCGUUGCGAUGAAUUACGCGCUAAGCAAAUUUUGUACGUCGGUUCCGGAGUGAGCGGCGGUGAAGAGGGUGCACGUCAUGGUCCAUCACUCAUGCCCGGCGGUCAUCCAGAAGCCUGGCCACUCAUCCAACCUAUUUUCCAGUCCAUUUGCGCAAAAGCCGACAACGAACCAUGCUGUGAGUGGGUCGGCGAAGGCGGUGCUGGACACUUCGUCAAAAUGGUACACAACGGUAUUGAGUAUGGUGAUAUGCAAUUGAUCUGUGAAGCGUAUCAAAUCAUGAAAGCGCUUGGUCUCUCUCAAACCGAAAUGGCUGCAGAGUUCGAGAAGUGGAAUAGCGAAGAGUUGGAUUCAUUCCUCAUCGAAAUCACACGCGACAUUUUGAACUACAAGGAUGAUAAAGGUUACUUGUUGGAGCGCAUACGCGACACAGCUGGCCAGAAAGGUACGGGCAAGUGGACAGCCAUUGCUGCGCUGCAAUAUGGUGUACCUGUAACGCUAAUCGGUGAAGCGGUAUUCUCACGUUGUCUCUCCGCGCUGAAGGAUGAACGUGUGGCGGCCAGCAAACAAUUGAGCGGUCCCGGCGUAACGGCAAAGGUCGACGACUUACCCAAGUUCUUGAAUCACAUCAAGCAUGCGCUGUACUGCGCCAAAAUCGUUUCAUACGCACAAGGUUUCAUGUUGAUGCGUGAGGCUGCCAAAGACAACAACUGGAACUUGAAUUAUGGUGGCAUUGCGUUGAUGUGGCGCGGCGGUUGCAUCAUCCGCAGUGUGUUCUUGGGCAACAUCAAGGAGGCCUACACCCGCAAUCCACAACUCUCGAACCUGCUGUUGGAUGACUUCUUCAAGAAGGCAAUUGAAGUAGGCCAAAACUCUUGGCGUCAAGUUGUCGCCAACGCCUUCCUGUGGGGCAUCCCUGUACCAGCCCUCUCGACCGCACUCUCCUUCUACGAUGGCUAUCGCACUGAAAAAUUACCCGCCAACUUGUUGCAAGCGCAGCGCGAUUACUUCGGCGCCCAUACUUAUGAACUCUUAGGUGCUGAGGGUAAAUUUGUGCAUACCAAUUGGACCGGCACCGGCGGCAAUGUCUCUGCCAGUACAUACCUGGCGUAAAGCUUAUGCCACAAGAUGCCACAAAUUUAGUUUUCUAAAAAGGCAUUCCAAUUUCUUAGAAAAUAAUUAGCAAUUAAUUUCAUAU